AUGAAUGGACAAUGGCUUGGGUCUCGAUCGAUUCGCACCAACUGGGCGACGCGGAAGCCACCAGCACCAAAGAACGAGCUGAAUUCGAAACCCCUGACCUUCGACGAAGUGUACAAUCAGAGCUCUCCGACCAACUGCACGGUCUACUGCGGGGGUCUCACCACUGGACUUACUGAAGAGCUGAUGCAGAAGACCUUCCAGCCCUUCGGCACCAUCCAAGAGAUCAGGGUCUUCAAGGACAAGGGAUAUGCUUUUAUCAGGUUCUCCACCAAGGAAAGCGCAACCCACGCCAUCGUAGCGGUCCACAACACCGAUGUGAACGGCCAGCCAGUCAAGUGCUCCUGGGGCAAGGAGUCUGGUGACCCCAAUAAUGCUCAGGCUCAAGGACAGCUCCCAACAGCUUACAGUCCGUUCGGAGCAGCUUACACAGCUGGUGGAGUUCCGCCUACUUCUUACUGGUACAACACCUACCCUCAGCAGCUGGGAGGCUUCCUGCAAGGAGUUCAAGGAGUCCAAGGGUAUACCUAUGCUGGACAAUUCGGUGGUUACCAGCAGCAAUAUAUGGGUAAGGACUAUGGAUGGAAUAACACUGGUUCCUGUUCCAGCAUGGGCGGCGUUCAGCUCCCGUGGGCUCUGGGGGGCGCGGUAGGGGGCGUAGGCUCUGUCGGGGGGGUAGCUGCUAUGUCUCAGCCCCCUCAGGUCUUGCAUUACCCAGCUGUGCAGCAUUUUCAAGUGCAGCCCAUCGGUGAAGAUGAAUGGUUAGCUCCGAGUCUCCUGGUGUGA